GCUACCCGUUGCUAUAAAACCCUUGUUUGCGAGGAUUCCGCAGUCCCGUAGCCAGGAGAUAAGAGAUUCUAGAACUCAAGGCCGGGAGGGGGGGAGGGGCAGGGGAGCAUUUUCCUAGCAAGUCGCACUCGCUCCUCCGGCUUCUUCUCCACCCCGGCUUUGAGGGCUGUGACUCCAGCGCUGGAGGCUGGAGAAAUUUGGGAACAUCACUUAGGGUGGAGCCUGGGACCUAAUUCUCCUACCACUAGGGGCAAGCAAGUAGCAGCCUCGCCCUAGGCCGCCCUUCGUCCUCUCUAGCCAUCAUCUCUUAGUCCGGGCCUGCUGGAACCAAUGAGGCCGGAGCGAGGCGGGGCGGGGAAGAAAGCAAUGUGGACUGUACUAAAUACCCUGGCCUCGGGCACGCAGAGACUCGGGAGGACGGAACCUUUUCCCCUUAUAUCUGUCUGGAGGGAGUCACACCCUCCUCGUAAAGAAAAGGAAAGGAAAUAUAUUUUUCUAGGCCUCCUACUCUUUGGACCUCUCCUUCCUUUGCUCGGCGUCGAUACUUUGCCCCCUCUCCUCCCUCGGUACUUUGAAGUAUGAGCGCAGAAGAGUAGGCUCUCGGAAGCUGAGCACCACUGGAGCAGGAGGGACCACAGCUGGAGGCUGUAGCGCCUCCGGAGCGGGCGGAGACGAGGGUCUGCCCAUAGGAAGGGCUGGGUGUGCGAGCUCCCUGUGCCCCGCGCACAUCAGGGGCUGCUUAUGCCCCCGCCAGCAGUGAGCUUUGGUAUCUGGGACCAGGCAGGGACUGUGGGGUCUUGCGCGCAGUUGGUGCGGCCGGUGUGCCGGGCCGGAGUGUGACGCCGCGCGGCGGGGCCGAGACAGAGCUGGCACUUCCGGAUCCGACCCGGGGCAGUAAGGGCACCGCCACGAUGCCAAGCGAAAAUAUCUUCCUCUUUGUGCCUAACCUAAUUGGUUAUGCCCGGAUUGUCUUCGCCAUCAUUUCCUUCUACUUCAUGCCCUGCUGCCCUCUCACGGCCUCCUCUUUCUACCUGCUCAGUGGACUUCUGGACGCUUUCGAUGGACAUGCUGCUCGAAUCCUUAAUCAAGGGACUCGGUUUGGGGCCAUGCUGGACAUGUUGACAGACCGCUGCUCCACCAUGUGUCUGCUGGUCAACCUGGCGCUGCUGUACCCUCGCGCCACCCUCCUCUUCCAGCUCAGCAUGAGCCUGGAUGUGGCCAGCCACUGGCUGCACCUCCACAGUUCUGUGGUCCGAGGCAGUGAAAGUCACAAGACGAUCGACCUGUCUGGAAAUCCAGUGCUUCGCAUCUACUAUACCUCCAGACCUGCCCUGUUCACCAUGUGUGCUGGAAAUGAGCUCUUCUACUGCCUCCUCUACCUGUUCAGUUUCUCCGAGGGACCUUUAGUUGGCUCUGUGGGUCUUUUCCGAAUGGGACUGUGGAUCACCGCCCCUGUUGCCUUGCUCAAGUCCCUCAUCAGUGUCAUCCACCUGGUCACAGCCGCCCGCAACUUGGCUGCCCUGGAUGCAGCAGAUCGUGCAAAGAAGAAGUGACCCUAGAACUUCCCACCUCUGGCUACCCACCUGCCCUGGAGUCUCACUGUGCCGCGCAGCUCCCCUUUCCCUCCUAGGAGGUCCAGGCUUGUGUCUUCCUAACAUGUUGUCCAACCCGUUGGGAAGGGGGUCAGCCUCUUUAGUGAUGCCAUGUUCUCCAUAAUCCUGAAGACCAGUUCUACCCGUGGACUCCAAAUCAGGAAGGAUGCUCAGGAGCUCCCACCCACAUGGGCAAUGCUUCAAGGGGCACCAAGAGGCUUGCCUGAGGACUGGGCAUUUUCAGACCUGCUGGCUUGGCCUUGGGGUCUGGCUCAGCCUGAGACUUGAGGGACACUUGCAUGAGGGAGAUGGGGUAAGGACCAGGUUUCCCAAAAGGCAGGGAAUGAGACCUCUGCCUUUGGCCAGAGAUAAGCCAGGGGGUCCUGUGGCUGGGAGACAAGGAGGCAUCUGGAUUCUUCUCCAUUACAGUGUCCUCUUUCUAAUCUAUCCUAGCUCUGAAAGCCUGAAUAAUAAAGGUAGGGGCUUCACUGUCCUGGACUUGCUUUCCUUUGAAAUAGCCUUGGACCGGGGCUGGGUUGAGCUUGGUGAGGAAGGAAGGUCCACCUGGCUGCUUUUCCCUCAGUUGUUUACUGGCUAGCUCCUCUUCUUCAUUGCACAGAGACCUCAGAGGGAGGCUCUCCCUGCCACCCAAGACAUGCCAUGUCCUCUUGCCUGCCUGCUUCCUUUCUUGUAUGAUGCUGUCACUAGCCGUCUGCAUUUAUGUGUAUGCCCGACAUUGUCUACCCCUGCUGGAAUGUAAACUCCACGAGGGCACUGACUUUUCUUGUUCCUUCUCUGUCCCUACAAUGAAGAUUAACUUUAACCUGGGAUAUCAUAGCUGCUUAAUAAAUACUCACAGGUAGGUCA